GGUGGUGAUGAUGGUGGUGAUGAUGAUGAUGGUGGUGAUGAUGAUGGUGGUGAUGAUGAUGGUGGUGGUGAUGAUGGUGGUGGUGAUGAUGGUGGUGAUGAUGGUGGUGGUGAUGAUGGUGUUGGUGGUGGUGAUGAUGAUGAUGAUGAAGGUAGUGAUGAUGAAGGUAGUGAUGGUGGUGAUAUUAAUACUGGCGAUGGUAAUUUUGGUAGUGAUGAUAUCAAUGAUGGUGAUUUUGGUAACAAUAUGUUUAUGAUUACCUCAUUCACUUGUAGUUGGCUGAAAAGAUUUCGUCAGAGAAAGCAGAAAGAGAGGAAAUGGAAAGGUAAAAAUAUUUAUGAUUACCGUCUUACACAUUACUAUAAUAAAUCGUUUCUAACGGUUGGUAUAAUCAUGUCUCACCAGGAUAAGACUCGAGUUACAUAUGGAGGAACAGGAAGAAAGGGAAAGACAACGGGAAAAGGUCAGUAUAUAAAAGGCAAUACAGUCGUGUAUUUUACUUGCGCUCAACAAAAUGUCCUUAAAUCGCAAGAUGUUUCAAAUUAGUUUCGAAAGAGUUGCUUUGCAGGAGCUCAAGGGCUGGUGGUUUACAACUUUACACUAUCAAAGUUUUUGUGACCAAAGUAAGAAUUUUCCAUCAAGUAAAUUCUAAGUUUUGAAGGAUUUGUAAUAAAUAUGUGAGGGAACUGAUUUGGUUUUAAACACCGAGACUGUUCCCUCAAACAUUUCUUACAAAUCCUUCAAAACUUAGAAUUUACCUAUGCAAAAUUGCUACUGUGAUCACAGAAGCUUUGAUAGUGUAACCAAGCUUUACGUUAUAUGGAAGCAAAUACGUUUCCCAACAGCACACUUACAAAGUAUAUUUUGCUCCCCAAGUGAGGAAACGAUGUUCUCUGUUUGGCUACUAGUUUUCCCAAAAGGUUCACAUCACGUUGUCAUAUUUAUUUUAAAGAUGGACAUCGAGAGCAAGAUUCGUCAACGUGUUGAUCUUCAAGAGACUCGCCGUCAACAACUUCAUUAUAAAGAACUCAAGAGACAGGCCGAGAUGGAAGAGGAAGAAGAAUUCAGAAGACAGGUUUGUUUUACGACGUUUUACUUAGCUAUUCUUUCUAGCUAGCAAUCUGACCCCGUAGAGAUUUAAAAUUUAGUCCCUGUCGUAUUAAAUAGUACACCUAACCACGGCGUUUUCUUGACAGAUGCUUGCGAAAUUUGCCGAGGAUGAUCGCAUCGAACAAAUGAACGCUCAGAAACGACGCAUGAGACAGCUCGAGCACAAGAGAGCGGUGGAGAAAUUGAUUGAAGAAAGGAGAGAACAAUUUAGACGAGAAAGGGUAAGAAUACAAAACAAUCGUUACUCUGAAAAUGAACAUUUUAACAUUUCUAGUCCUACCAAAGUUUCUGUGAUCACAAUAUGAAUUUUGUAUAAGUAAAUUCUAAGUUUUGAAGGAUUUGUAAUAAAUUUUUGAGGGAACCGAUCAUUGUUUAACACCGAGGCAAUUCCCUCAAACAUUUCUUACAAAUCCUUCAAAACUCAGAGUUUACCUAUAGAUGCAAAAUUCCUACUGUGAUCACAGAAACUUGGCUUUAAAGAAUCGUUAAAUUAUUUCCGUGACAUUAUUUUCCACUUCGUUUUCUAGGAAGCUGAACUGGAGGCUCGGCAUGAAGAAGAGAGAAUGCAAGAAUAUAGAAGACAAAUUAUUGAGGAAGAAAGGCAACGUCUGUUGCAAGAACACGCUACGAAAUUACUUGGAUAUUUGCCAAAGGUAGGUCAUGUGAAUUUAGGAUUUUUAUGAUAAAACAUUUGCUUGGUAAAUUUCGGGUUUUCGGUUUGCUUUUUACCUCGGCCUGAUCGAGUCGAAGGCUUUCUAAGAGCGCCUCUGGCAUGCAGCCGCCUUGUGAUUCAUUUCUGAUCAUGGAGCACAGUUACGGUUGAAUAGACCUUUCCCCUUUUGAGUGAAAUUUUGAUCUAGACAAGUCUGGACAACAAUUUCAUCACAGCUUGAAAGAGCGUUCUAUAACAACAGUGAAACAGUAUACAGUUUUACAGCUUUAAUGGCAGACAACACUAUCAUUUAACAAAUGUUUGUGCCAUCUGAGCAGCUGCAAUGGACCAUUUGCAUUAUAGACUAACUUUUGAUCUAGACAAAAAUUUCAUCACAGCUUGAAAGAGCGUCACAAAAUUAGUAAUAUUCCGAAGUUUCGUUGCGAAAUGUUGUAAAAUGCGGAUAAUAUAGCCUUGCGAAGUUUGCCGUUUUUCAGUCAUUUGGUAUUACAAUCUAACAUUUUGCAUCAGUUUGAUCAUCUGAUGCAAAAUGUUAGAUUGUAAUGCAAAAUGACUGAAAAACCGCAAACUUCGCAGGGCUAUAUUAUCCGCAUUUUACAACAUUUCGCAACGAAACUUCGGAAUAUUACUAAUUUUGUGAUGCACUUUCAAGCUGUGAUGAAAAUUUUGCCCAGGUAUAUCUAGAUCAAAAUUUCACUCAUAAGGGGAAAGGUCUCGGGAAUCGAACCCACGGAAGGCGCUUGCUGUACCGGAAACCCUAAAUCAGUUGGUUGGGGUCGAUUGGCCAAGGCCUUGGGUUGGAUUCCCAGCCGUUUCGACCAUGUAUGACACCACAGAUUGCAAAGCCUUUCAGACUAAACAAUACUGUUUGAACUAUGCAUCGUAAACUUACGUGUGAUUUUCGUCAUUUUGUUAGGGUGUGUUACGUGACAGCCAAGAUUUGGACAUGUUUGACGAGAACUUCAAAGAUGCUUACUCGAAGCGUUAUAAGGAAUUCUGGGAAGAGGAUUCUGAAUCCAGUGGUGCUCCAGCAUAAAUAUCGACCUGAAAGCUCUGCUCAAUAAACUUGUAUUAAAUAUGUUGGAAUAUGUUUAUUUGUCGAAGUGCAUGUACUAUGCAAGCUUUGAUUAUUAUUUCUAGAUUCGAAAUUUAGAGAAUCUAUUGUAAAUAAACCAAGAACUAACAAUGUCACUGGAGUGAGACUUUAUUAUCACCACUAGGAUACCGGAUAUUGUUUAUACAGUAUAUAUGGAUCAGGCCUUCUUUCAAGUUAAAAAUUAUCUGGUAUGAUUAUAAAGGUAUAGGUGUUUUACCGAGUUAAGCAGAUUUUCACUUGAAAUAUUGUACAGAAACUGACAGCUUUUCAAGAGGCCAACGACCCAACGUAAGAUAGAUUUGCAUUUUGAACUCUGUGAACAAGGCUUCCCCAAACAUUCAAAUUUACGGUAAACUCCUACUUAUGUAUAAUAUAUUACUGCACAAUAAAUCAGAGGUGGAAAUUUUUUUCCCUUUCUGGGAACUUGGGUUUAGGGCUUAAAAUGUUCUGCAAAAGAUUACAAUAAAUAGGGGCAAAUACUAAAAUUGUCGUUUGUGAUAGUGUGUCAUGUGAAGCGAUAUGUCUUCAAGACUGAUAAGGCAUGCAUGCAAGAUAAAUCCUGAAGUAGUCCUAGUAGUUACAGUCAGUACAAGAUUAAUUUAAAAACAACUUUCCUACUGCAGGCUGUGUGAAUAUUUUUAAUGAAACUAUCUGAUGAAAUAUUUAGGUAUCGAGUUUAGUAGAUUAGGAAAGGUGUUUAACCAUGUCAAUAAUUCAAAUUUUCAGAAUUAACUACGAAACAUAAAAUUCUGUGAAAUUUCUGCGAAAAUGUAGAUCACAAAAAGUUUCUAGGUUCGCAGGUUUCGAUUCGUUUUCCACUCUGCCAAGAAGAGUGUUUUGUGUAUUGUACAACUCGCCAAUGCUCUAUGCAUAAUAUAUUAUUUUUUCACUCAUCAUUGCUGCCAUUAUUUUCUCGGAAAUUUUCAUCUUCUUGCAUCAAAUUAUUUUCAUCGUCAUGAUCAUCAUCAUCAUCACUUGCUUCCCCAUCAGCCCUGGCUCGUCCUAGAUGGUCUUUCUUAUAUAUCCUUUUUGUGAUGUUCUCUUUAUCAUGCUUGCCAGUUCUUACCUUAUGUUUUCGUUCAUGCUUUUCCUUUUUCCUCUUCUUGUUAUGCCUUUUCUUUCGUUUCUCUUCAUUUUCGUGUUGUUCUGUUUCACUAUCGUUCUGUUUUCUUUGAUCAUCUCUGCUGUUUUUCAUUGUUCUUAUUGUCUUUUCUUUCUCUAGCAAAUCAACGAUACUCGAGAUCAUUUCAUCGUCACUUUUCUCCACCGUGUCGUCUUCAUUUGUUUGACUUCUCGUCUUUUGUUGGUCCAGGUUUACGCUAGCUUUACCCCCUGUCU